AUGGCGCCGAAGCAAGCUACGCUGGGAAAGUUCUUUGGCGGCCAGGAUGGGCCCAAGGCGAAGCCGCAGCAGAGCAAGCUGAGCUUCGCGGCGAGGCCAGCGCCCAAAAAGCAAGUCAAGGCUGAGGAGGACGAGGUUGCUAACAAGGAGAAUGGCGCUGCGUCUGCGGGUGUCAAGGGGGAGGAUGGCCCUAAGAAAGAUUCGAAGAAGCGAGCGCAUGCAGACGAGGACCAAGAUGGCAAGUCCUCCAACAAGACCGUCAAAACAGAAGAGGUCUCUGCGGAUGAAGACGACGCCCCGGUUGUGAAGCGUGCGAGACGGAACCGCAAUCGCAUUGAGGACGACGAAGACGAGGGCAUGGAGGAAGUGCCGGCCCCCAAACCGAGCCCCAAGACGAGUCCCAAGAAGAGCAAGCGAGCUUCCAAGUCCAGGUCACCUUCGCCCAAGCGUGCCAAGGCCUCCCCGACCCCGGUACAAGCGUCAGAAGAUUCUGAAGUAGAGUCUGUGGGCUCGGCUGAGGAUGACCUGGACGGCGAAUCUUCCGCAGGUUCUGAAGCUGAGGAUGCUGGGGACGCUGCCAAGACGGUCCUCAAGCCCAAAGGCAAAGGCAAGACUGCAAAGGGCGGUAAGUCGGCCGCACAGUUGCUGGGAGACCUGACAGCCCAGACGAAAGACCCAUAUCCAGAUUGGAAGAAGGGCGAUCCCGUACCGUACGCCGCGCUCUGCAAGACAUUCUCCCUGGUCGAGCUCACAACAAAGCGACUGGAAAUCAUGGCGCAUUGCUCAAAGUUCCUCCGUCAGGUCUUGCGUCUCACACCAGAUGACCUGCUCCCCACAGUCCUCCUCAUGAUCAACAAACUUGCGCCAGAUUAUGCGGGCAUUGAACUCGGCAUCGGAGAAUCUCUCAUCAUGAAGGCCAUUGGCGAGUCGACAGGUCGUACCCUUCAGAUCAUCAAACAGGACCAAAAGGAAAUUGGUGAUCUUGGUCUCGUAGCCGUGAAGAGCAGGUCCACUCAACCUACCAUGUUCAAGCCCAAGCCCCUCACUGUCCGGGGCGUGCACAAGGGUCUCAUGGGUAUCGCGACGGUGACGGGCAACGGCGCACAAGGCCGCAAAGUUGAUGGAAUCAAGAAGCUUCUUUCCUCCGCAGACGCAGCGGGUGGAAAGGUGGAUAUCUCGAAGGACAAGGGUGGACCGAGCGAGGCCAAGUUCUUGAUCCGCUUCCUCGAGGGCAAGCUUCGUCUCGGCCUCGCUGAGAGGACCGUUCUGGUCUCGCUGGCGCAGGCUGUCGUGAACCACGAAGCUUCCGCCAAGGACCUUGUUGCGAGCCCCGAGGAUGUCGAAAAGGCCGAGGCCAUGCUCAAGACGGUUUACAGCGAGCUCCCCAGCUACGAUGUGAUCAUCCCCGCCAUGGUUGAGCACGGCAUCAUGAACCUCCGCGAACACUGCAAACUCAAGCCUGGUGUGCCUUUGAAGCCCAUGUUGGCCAAGCCCACCAAAGCUAUCACGGAAGUCCUGGAUCGCUUCGAGAACCAGACAUUUACCUGCGAAUACAAGUACGACGGUGAGCGGGCUCAAAUUCACUAUGUCGCCAAGUCCGCGGAUGAGGAGCUCAGCGAGUCCAUGCCCGGCGCAACGAAGGAGGCAGCCAACGGCGUGGCCAAUAUUUUCUCGAGGAACUCAGAAGAUCUGUCCAAGAAGUAUCCCGACAUUCUCGCCAAGCUCCAUACUUGGGUCAAGCCUGACACCAAGAGCUUCGUUCUUGAUUGCGAGACUGUUGCUUGGGACGUUGUGGAGAAAAAGGUUCUUCCGUUCCAGCAGUUGAUGACGCGGAAGAAGAAGGACGUCAAGAUUGAGGAUGUCAAGGUCAAGGUGUGCGUUUUCGCGUUUGAUCUGCUCUACCUCAACGGCGAGGCUCUGGUUGAGAAGUCUCUUCGACAUCGUCGUGAUCUGAUGGUCGAGGCCUUUGCACCUGUGGAGGGCGAGUUCUCGCUCGCCACGUCUAUGGAUGGCCAGGAGCUCGAGCAGAUCCAAGAGUUCCUGGAUGAGAGUGUCAAAGCUUCCUGUGAGGGUCUUAUGGUCAAGAUGCUGGACGGAACAGAGAGCGGAUACGAGCCCAGCAAAAGGAGUCGCAACUGGCUCAAGAUCAAGAAGGACUAUCUCGCCGGCAUUGGCGACUCGCUCGAUCUCGUUGUUCUGGGUGCGUACCACGGCAAAGGCAAACGUACGUCCGUCUACGGCGCCUUCCUCCUCGCCUGUUACAACCCGUCAGGCGAGGUCUACGAAACGGUCUGCAACAUCGGCACCGGCUUCUCCGAGGCCGUGCUCGAGGAGCUUCACAAGCAGCUGUCCGAAAUUGUCAUUGACCGCCCGAAGCCGUUUUACUCCCACUCGGCCGGCGGCCAGCACCAGCCUGAUGUUUGGUUCGAGCCCCGCUGUGUCUGGGAGGUCAAGACGGCGGAUCUGACGCUCAGCCCGCGCUACAAGGCCGGCGCCAAGGAAGGCGUCGAUCCGUCGGGCGAGAAGGGCAUCUCGCUCCGCUUCCCGCGUUUCAUCAAGAUUCGCGACGACAAGAAGCCGGACGAGGCGACGAGCAGCCGUCAAGUUGCCGAGAUGUACCGCAAGCAGGAGUCUGUGACCAAGAGCAAGGGACCAGCUGUCGACGAUGACUUUGAGUACUAA